GAGUCACCGUAAAGUUUGGUUUAGUUAAACUCUCAGCUGACAGCCCGACCGGUUCUGCACAGUCCUAACGCAGAAAACAAAUCCACCGAGAUGUCCUCCUGGUGGGGGCAGCUCUCUGAGUCGGUGAACAACAGCUCUGUUCGUUAUGACAACAGUAGCUGCUUGAGUUCCACACAGAGCACCGUUCUGAAGGGGGUGAAUUUUGGAGGAAUUCCUGUCGUUCUGCUGCUUGACUUCAUAGUCUUCAUAUUGCUGCUAUUGGUCUUCACUCUGAUCAGAAGGAAACUGUGGGAUCAUGGGAGACUCGCUCUUGUUGCGGAGACUGAUGUGUUUGGCGAUGGAAGAAAGCGGCGUUACAGUAGAUUGACGUCAUCCAUGUCUGUUGAGGAGCCUGAAUAUGAGAAGGGUUGUUGCUCCUGGCUCACGUUUAUUGUCAAUAUGGAUGAGACUUUGGUGCAGGAGAGAUGUGGUGUGGACGCAGUACAUUAUCUGUCCUUUCAGAAGCAUCUGGUCACUCUGCUCUUGAUCAUCUGUGUGCUGUCUGUGUCCAUCAUCCUGCCAGUCAAUCUGUCCGGGGAGCUACUAAGCACUGAUCCCUACAGUUUUGGACGGACCACAAUAGGGAAUCUUCAGCAUGAUGAUAAGCUCCUUUGGCUGCACACUGUGUUUGCAGUUCUGUAUCUUAUGGUCACUGUGGUCCUGCUGAGGCGCUACACCUCGAAAAUGAAGGGAACCAAGAGAGAGAUUGUCAGAAAAACCCUGUUUGUUAGGCCUUUACCCAGAACAGCCACCGACGACAGUAUAAAAACUCACUUUGUGGAGGCGUACCCUUCAUGUCACGUGACUAGUGUUAACUUGUGCUAUGAUGUUUCCAAACUGAUUGACGUAAACAAAAAUAGAAAACGGGCUGAAAGGAACCUGCGGCAUUACAAUAAGAUACUGCAGCAACAGGGACGACGCGAGCUUAUUAACCCUCGUCCAUGCAGCCACUUGUGCUGCUGCUGUCAGCGCUGUCUGGGGUGUGAAGAGGUUGACGCUAUAGAGUUUUACAGCUCUCAAGAAGCUGCUUUACACGAAGAGGAAGCGAGACUGAAGCAGAAAGAGCUGCAUCCCCUGGGCAUGGCUUUUGUCACUCUGCAAAAUGAGUAUAUGGCCACUUAUAUUCUGAAAGAUUUCAACGCUCUUGAGUGCGGAGGCGGAGCCAGGGGUGUGGUUGGAGAAGAAAUGAGCAGAGGGAUUCAAUGUGGGUGUGGCCGGGAGCCUCAGCCGUCCACUAGAAGUGCAGAGCUGGGGGUGCCGAAAUGGAAAGUGAAUUAUGCGUCUCAUCCGCACAAUAUCUACUGGGAGAAUUUAUCCGUCCGGGGCUGGCGUUGGUUGCUGCGCUGUGUGCUGCUGAAUACCGCACUCUUCCUCCUCCUGUUCUUCCUCACAACACCCUCCAUCAUAAUCAGCACCAUGGACAAGUUUAAUGUCACCAAGCCCAUAUACUAUCUCAAUAGCGCCAUUAUCAGCCAGUUCUUCCCCACUCUGAUGCUGUGGACUUUCUCUGCCCUGUUGCCCACUAUAGUCUAUUACUCUACACUGGGAGAAGCUCAUUGGACCAGGUCCAGUGAGAAUAUGAGCAUGAUGUACAAGCUGUACACCUUCCUGAUCUUCAUGGUGUUGAUUUUACCCUCGCUGGGCCUCACCAGUCUGGACGUGUUUUUCCGCUGGUUGUUUUAUAAGCAGUCUGAAGGCCAGCUGAGGUUUGAGUGUGUGUUUUUAGCUGAUCAGGGUGCGUUCUUUGUGAAUUACGUGAUCGCGGCAGCUCUGGUGGGCUCUGGUAUGGAGCUGCUGCGGUUGCCAGGUUUACUGCUCUACGUUGUGCGUUUGGCACUUGCAAGUUCAGCUGCUGAGAGGAAAUAUGUUAAACAGAAUCAGGCCUAUGAGUUUCAAUACGGAGCGAUGUAUGCAUGGACUCUGUGUGUGUUCACGGUCAUCAUGGCAUACAGCAUCGUCUGUCCUCUCAUCGUCCCCUUCGGUCUGCUGUAUCUGCUGCUGAAACAUCUGGUGGACAAACACAACUUGUACUUCGCUUACCUGCCCGCCCGCCUCGAUCGCCAGGUCCACCUGGGAGCUGUCAAUCAAGCGAUGGCUGCACCAAUCAUAUGUCUGAUCUGGCUUUAUUUCUUCUCUGUGCUCAGGACAGGCUUCAUGACGGGAACUUCAUUGUUUACGCUAGUGGUUUUGUGUAUUACCGUCUUUAUCUGCAUAAGUUACACCUGCUUUGGACAUUUCAAAUAUCUCAGUCCACACAACUACAACGUUAAAGAAGAAGAUGAAGAUGCUGAUAGAGUUUCAGAGAGCUCAUCCGGAUUGGUUUAUCUUCCCAAAGUGUUGAACCCUGAUGCAUCGUUUGAGUCUUCAGAUGAGUGCAGCCCUAGUCAUUCAUACGGGACGACAGACAUAAGCCCACAAUUCAUCGGGACUGAGGAAAGCUCUCCAGACUCGGAUAUAUAGCAGCAAUAAUCAGGCAACGUAUCGAGCAAUCGCUGGUCUGGAGGAAACGGUUAUUCGCAGAUUUAGGAGCUGGAGAGGUCAGUGUGGAGAUAUGGAGGGGGAUUGACUGAAAAAGAUUUCGAAGGGAAAUAAAAUUGCACUCCUGUUUUUCACGCACACUGCCAUACCUGCCAUACAACAAACAUAAAGGAUUUUUUUGGGAAUCGAUACUUUAUAUCCAAAGAAUUGCCAGCCAAAGACACGGUCCAAACAUUUCUGCAUUACAAAAGCAGCUUUGGCAGUGAGCGCUUUCCAAAUAGCACAAAUAUAACAUCAAAAGUCAUAUGAACACUUGAACUGAUGCUUGUGCCUUGUUGGAGACAACUUAACACACUUUAUAACUGUACGUUUUUGUGUGUGUGAUGCUUUAUGAUUUUUUAAAGCAGAGUUUUAUACAGAUAUGUUAAUAUAUUGAUAUUAACAAACAGAGCUCGAGACUCAGUGGCCUUCAUUAGCAUUUUUGCAUUGUUGUGCAAGUACUGUAUGUGACCGGGUGAACAGAAACUGUGUUUGAAGACUGCUUCACUAGGUGGCACUGUUGCUCUCUGAUUGUUCUGUAUUUCUCAGAGCGAUUUAGACCAAAGCAGAGAGACAUGUAAAGCUUAAAAGUUAAGCUCAGUAUUUCUGGCAUGAUGUCUAGAGAAAAUAAUGGAGACAAGAAAUAAAAAGAAUUUGCAGUGAAGCAUAAACAGGUUACGCAUAAACCUUAAAAUACACACUGCUCACAAGACGUUUAUGUGUUAAGAUGAGUCUAGUGUGAUAACACCGCAUGCUGAUCAUGCCUGUGUAAAGUUCAACUUCAGUGUCAUGACCAGGUUAACAGAAAGGGACUGUUUACAUCAAAUUAAUUAAAACUACUGUAGCUAGAAAGACAUCCGUGUACAAAAGUGAUCACACUUACAUUUUCGAUCUUUUUAUAUGCUUCACAUGAUAAAACAGGCAUUAGUUAAUUAUUUAUGUGGGUCCUAUAUUGCUUUUUUAUACGCUUGCUUUAGUGUAUAGUCUUGAAUAGUGUAUAGUGUAGUCUUGAGUUUCAUUUGGGAACGUAUGUCCUAAUUUUCUAGAUUUAAAUAAUGUUACUUUAAGAGCAUCGUCAUUAAACUGUUACCAACCUAAUAUAAAAAUCACAUGUGAUUAUUUCCGUUUACAGACAGAACCAACAUCGUGUGAACUUGAUUUUGUCUGCUGUUGACAGAGCCUUGUGUGUAUUUGACGGACAAUCUCAAAUCAGUGACUGAAGUUCAUCCAGAUUGUUUUGUUUGUUUGUUUGGUUGAUAGAGUUACUAAAGCACAAGCUGUAAAGGCUCCGCCCUCUUCUAGAAAAGGGGGUGGGGGCAGCAGCAGCUCAUUUGCAUUUAAAGAGACACACAUGCAAAUGGUGUAAUUUUGUUCACACAGCAUGGUAUAAUAAGUAAUCUUUGAGUUGGAACUUGGUACACACAUUUUGGGGACACUUGUUAGAUUUACAUGUAAAAAAGGUAUGAUUUGACCUCUUUAAACAUCAACAAAUGGCAUUUUUAGUUUCAACUGAAAUGCAAUGAGAAGAUCUGAAUGUGGAUUUGAAACUUUUGGUAUUGUUUCCUGUAUGUGUGUGUUUUAGUUCUGUAUAUUUAUCAUAUUAAUGGAACAGAAACCGAAUUGUAGUGUCUGAUCAUUUAACCGGCUCAACCUUUGCAGUUCUGCAGUCUUAAGCCUCAGAUUUUCCUGGAAAUGGUUGAAUGAACUUCCUCCAAACACACACACACACACACUUGACACAUUUCUCCUGACGGCGGUUUUCAGCUCAUUAGUCAGGAUAGAGCGAAAUCGUCUUAUUUUAACACCAUAAGUAGUCCAUAAACUCUGUGGCCCGAGUGACCAGCUACAAACGCCAGGAUCAGUGUUCAGAACUCCAUAAGAACAGUAAUUGAUCUAAUGAGUGUGUGAUUUAAGAUGUUGAAGGUCUAUAAACACACAGUGGUGACAAUAGUGAAGGUUACUGAUACUCUAUACUGAUAAAAAAAAAAAUUUGUAACCUGUUGUUACUAUAU